AUUAGACACGCCCACAUUUUAGUUUCUCUUUCUACAUACAUUUCCAUAUUGAAAGACUAAAAUGGAUGUAGUGGUUGUUGGCAGUUGUAUGACAGAUCUUGUCAGCUAUGUGCCCCGACUGCCAACUCUGGGAGAGACCUUGCACGGCCAUAAGUUUAGUAUGGGGUUUGGUGGAAAGGGGGCGAACCAGUGUAUCGCUGCAUCCAGACUCGGAGCAUCUACAGCUAUGGUUGCAAAGUUAGGCAGUGACACAUUUGGCGACAACUAUUUGAAGAAUUUCAAAGACAACAAUGUAAACACAGAACAUGUUGGGCAGACAGCAGAGGCCGCCACUGGAGUAGCUCCAAUUGCAGUAGAUGAUAAAGGAGACAACAGCAUAAUUAUAGUAGCUGGGGCCAACCACUGCCUCAGCAGGUCAGACUUAGAGGGCGCUGAUGAUCUGAUCACAUCUGCUAAGGUUGUCAUAUGCCAAUUAGAAAUAAAACCUGAAGUUACUCUGGCAGCCAUGACACGAGCCAAGAAUCAAGGAGUGUGUGUAGUAUUGAAUCCAGCUCCUGCAGUAAAGAGACUUGAUGAUGCCAUGUAUAGCUCCUGUGAUAUAUUCUGCCCCAAUGAAACUGAGGCAGAGAUCUUAACAGGUACAAAGGUUGCCAGUAUAUCAGAUGCUAGUGCUGCAAUUAAGGCACUGCAGGGUAAAGGCUGCUCAACAGUUAUAAUCACUAUGGGGUCCCAGGGUGCUGUGUUUGCUGAACCAGGGCAAGAGGCCAAACAUGUAGCUGCUUCCCCAGUCAAUGCAGUUGAUUCAACGGGUGCUGGUGAUGCCUUUGUAGGAGCCCUGGGCUAUUACCUGGCAUGCAUGCCACAAUUGACUCUAAGUGAGAAGAUUCAAAGGUCCUGUACAAUUGCAAGCUUUAGUGUAGAGAGACCAGGAACUCAGACUAGCUAUAGACCAAAACAUGAACUCCCAAAAGAGCUUUUCCAAGUUUGACAUAUUUAUAAAGUGUCUCAAAAGUAAUAUGACUGCUGACUCCCUGUAUAUCUUGCACCAGAGGAAACUUUAGACCUAACAGCAACUCAGACCAAGACGUUUACUAAUGACUGAUUUGAAAAAAUGAUUUUGGUAAAUAAAAAUAUGAAUAAAAAUCUAUAUGUAUUCCAAUAACUUGAGUCCU